AUGUGCCACCCGCCUCAAUCCCUGCCUUCCCUCGCCACUGCGUACUUCGAGUUGACCGUUCCCUAUCGGCUUAUCGUUGUCAUCGUUGUCAUCGCUUACCACGACGACACCACGUCCACCGCUGUGCAUCUAUUCAAGGCUGGUGGUUUCUUCUCCGAUAUCAGAUGUCUUUCCAUGCCCUCUCAUGUCGAAUACUCCUGUUGGUGUUGUGUGAACGGUACUCGAGUGGCGUCCAAGCUUCCCCCGUACCCACCGGACUUUCAACGCUGGAUCGACAACACUACCUUGCCAUUGUCAGCUAUUAGUCGCCGCUUGAAUUAUUUAUUUGCCUUUUCUGCUAUUGGAGCUUCCGAGGGAUUCGUACACUUUGGCGUGCCCGCUGACGUCGUCGUAUCUGGUCGGGUGUAUCAUCGGCUGCUUGACUUAUCCGCCGGCGAUCACAGCAUGCGUUGGUUUCUGUACGAUGAAGACGCCCGGUCUUUGAAAGCCGCGAAUGCGAACGUUCCCUUGCCUGCUGUUCAGCAAACGAAGCACCUGAUUCAGUCAGUCAACCCGUACCUCUCUACUAUCCGCCAUGCCUUGCAGCAGGUCGCCGAUGAGGCAAUCCCGUUGGCCGUCGAGCUGAAGGAUUCGUCCCUCAGUGGUGAGGUCGCUGCAGUUAUCAACACACAGAAUCUUGGCACCAUCGACUGCCGCAAAGUCGUCUUUCAUCGCCAUGGUGGUAGGGCUCAUUUUGUUCAUAUCCUCUCCCGACACUACGAGCCUCUUCAGUAUCCAUUGCUAUUUCCCCACGGAACACUGGGCUGGGGCAUCCCUGCACUCGACGAACCCACUCUCAGGCGGUCGGGCACUACAGGGAACGACACACCGGCUCAACAAGCCAAUGGCCUCACACAGCUUCAGUGGUAUCGGGCGUUGCUUCUAUCAGAAGCUCGAUUUCUGACCUUCGGUCGUCUCGCCUGCGAAUACCUGGUUGACAUGUAUUCAAGAAUCGAAGAAACCAACCUAGACUACUUACGACGGGCAAGGUCAAUGCAAUCCUCGGGGUUGGACGAACAAACUGCCGAGAUAUCGUCAGAUAGCUUGCGCAACAGGUUGCCGGCAACCUUCACCGGCUCCCGGGCAUGGACGUCUGACCAGGUUGCUGAUAGUCUGGCACUGGCACGACAUUUUGGAAAGCCGACCUUUUUUAUUACGAUGACGACGAAUCCGGGAUGGCCCGAAAUCGUGAGUUCGAUGAAGGCCAGUCAGCAUUUUACUGAUAUUCCCACGGUAGUCUGUCGUGCUUUCCACAUCCGUCUUCAACAUCUCAAAUCCUUUAUAAAGGCUCACUUCGGUCGCAUGUUAUACGUCAUUACCGUAGUCGAGUUUCAGAAACGGGGCCUUCCGCACGCACACAUGUUGAUCAAGAGCCCCCUAUUGAUGCCCUGGACAAUGUCGUUUCCGCUGAACUCCCUCGGUCUGCUGCGGAUGCUACCCUCCGUGCCUUCAUUCUUCGCACCAACAUACACAGGCGAACCCAUCUAUCAGGUCCCUCUUAUUGUAACCGGGGUGGCCGGUGUCGAUUCGGAUUCCCUCAUCAGCUUCGUCAACGAACAUCGAUCGAUUCUCAAGGUCGUGUUCACUUUCGUCGCAGAUUAG